AUCAGAAUCACACACACACACACACAGAAAUUAGCUACGUUUGAGAGAUGGCGACGACAGUGCCGGAGAUCAUCGUGGUCAUCGAACCGGAAAAUCAGGACGAUAUCGCCGCACCAGAAACAGUUACCUCAACUUUAAUCUCAUCAACUCUUCGAGGUCUUUUCGUGUGCCGGAUUCUGGUAUCAUCUGUACUAACCGGAUUUUUCUAUAAUUUUCAUGAGCCGAAUUGGUUGGAGAACUGGAGAGCGAAUUUCGGCCCGGUUGUUGUUAUCGAGACGAUUCGGAAGCUUAUAUUAACUGUGGUUUCUGUUGUGAUUUUGAGUUGGAGUGCUGUGAGUAACGAGAGGAAUGUGUUUCUUUUUCGUGUUUUGAUCUCGUUUUACUUGUUACAAUGUGUGGUUGAUGUUGUGCUGAUGUGGAAAGAGUACUAUACAAGGAGUAAUUCAGCAGUUCCUACUCAAAUCAGUUCGUAUAGAAGAUGGGACAUGAGUAUUUCACCGAUCUGGUGUCCGUGGUCUGUAAUUGCCAUCCUAUGGAUGCUCCACAACAACUUCCAUUUCAAGAUUCUCCUUAAUGAUGCUCCACGUCUAUUCUGGUUAACUUUGGGCUUUUUGGUAUCCAGUGAAACUUUUCUUGCUGGUUUGAUUGUGAUUUUCUGCACCAUGGUCUUGUUUAUGUUUAUCUCUUUUGGAAAGGCCCGAAUAUUUUUUGAAGGUGCAUCAGAGAAUUACAUUAGCGCCCUUCCCAAUUACAUAUUUGAGUUGCCCAAUUGUGUAGUGGAAUUGUCCAAUAGUGUGGAGCAAAAUGAUGGUAAAGCAGGUAGAAUGAUGCCUGUGGAAACAAAUGAUCCAGACUGGUCUAAUGAAAUUCCAACAGAUGAUGUGGACUGCAGCAUAUGUCUCGACUUAUAUGAAAAUGGAUCAGAAAUAAAUUUACUUCCUUGCAAACAUAAUUUCCACGCUGCAUGCAUUCGGAAAUGGCUAAGCAUAAAAAGGAUUUGUCCGUUAUGCAAGCAAGAGCUCAAGUGAUAUUCACAGGUUUUGAAGAGCGCCGCUUUCUAUAGGACUAUUGGUAAAGGACUGCUGUAUAUGCCUCUGCAACUAUGAAGAUGGAGCAGAACUUUAUUCACUUCCAUGUAACCAUAACUUCCAUGCAACCAUCACUUCCAUACUAGAUGUACCCGAGAAUGGCUAAUGCUAAGAGUUAAUUGUCCGCUCUGCAAGCGUUAAAUGAUCAGGUAAAAUCAGAGCUGGAAACAUAGUUUCGAUUAAGACAAAAGAACUAAAAUAAAGGAAACCUGGCAUAGGUCAACCAUUGUUGAUAUACUUCCGUGGGCCCAUGGCUUGAGUCUGUGUGAUUACCUUGUUAUUGGCUGCCUCUGAAUUUGGCAGGAAGGAAGGUUAUAUGGAUCAACUGAAAAACUUCAUUUUAAGUAGAGUGCUUGUACAGAGCUCAAAAACAACUAAUAAGUUCUUCAUUCUCUUAUAUUACAGUAUCCUAUUCGAAAGUGGAGAUGUAUAAAGUGACUGAACCAGUAAGGCAGUUAUCUAGGUAGACAUUUCGGCUGAUUUUCUUAUGAAGGGUUGGUUUGUGUUUUAA